AUGGAUGAAAGCGGGGAAACAGUAAGAGAGUUAGAUGAUGAUGGUCAAACAAUUGAUGAACUUAUGAGUAGCCAAAUGGGAUUGACAUAUAAUUCAGUUUUCAGCGAUUUCAAUAUAUUGCCGGGUUUUAUUAACUUCGACGUUUUUUCUGUUGAUUUGAGCACAAAAUUGACUCGAGAUAUUACACUGAAAAUACCACUGGUUUCAUCUCCAAUGGAUACAGUUACUGAAAGUGAAAUGGCAAUUUCUAUGGCGCUACAUGGUGGUAUUGGUAUCAUUCAUGCGAACUAUGCUUCACUUGAUGAUCAAAUUAAAGAAGUUGUCAAAGUAAAACGCUACAAACAGGGGUUUAUUUCGCAUCCACAUUGCAUCAAGAAGACUGAUUCAGUACUAGAUUUACUGCAAAUAAAGAAGAAGUACGGUUUUACAGGAACACCAGUGACGUCUACAGGGGCUGUUGGGGGCAAACUUCUAGGAUUGGUCACCUCGCGAGACAUUGACUUGAUUGAUGAAAGCAAAUAUUCUUGCACGAAAAUAUCAGAUGUGAUGGUUCCUUUAGAAUCUCUUAUAACAGGGACCGAAGAUCUAACUCUAGAACAUGCAUACAAAAUUUUAGAAACUGAGAAAAAGGGAAAACUACCCAUUGUUAACAGCAAUAAUGAAUUGGUAUCUUUGAUAGCUCGAAGUGAUUUGAAAAAAGCUCGGGAUUUCCCAUGGAGUUCCUAUGAUUCAAAAGGUCAGUUGAGAGUUGGUGCAGCUAUAAAUACUCGUGAAUCUGCUAAAGAAGCAGUGAAGAAGUUGGCUGAGGCUGGUGCUGACGUCCUUGUUAUUGACUCUUCUCAAGGUGCGAGCAUAUAUCAAGUAAAUCUUUUACACUGGAUAAAGAAAAAAUACCCAAAGAGACCACAAAUAAUUGCGGGCAAUGUCGUGACGAAAAAACAAGCUGCGAUUUUGAUAGCAGCCGGAGCAGACGCAGUUCGUGUGGGUAUGGGAAGUGGCUCUAUAUGCAUCACGCAGGAAGUUACUGCUGUUGGACGAGCUCAAGGUACUGCUGUUUAUCGAGUUGCAAAAUAUGCACGACUACAUGGUAUUCCAGUCAUUGCUGACGGUGGAAUAAGAGAUGUUGGUUAUAUCACGAAGGCUUUGGCUUUGGGAGCAUCGACAGUCAUGAUGGGUGGUCUUUUAGCAGGUACAACAGAAGCACCCGGAGAGUAUUUUUGGGGUCCGAGUGGUGUACGGCUAAAAAAAUAUCGUGGAAUGGGUUCUAUAGAUGCUAUGAAAGCGAAUAUCAGUAGCCAGGAUAGAUAUUUUAAUAGCGAAUCUGAUGCAAUCAAAGUUGCACAAGGAGUAUCAGCAACAAUGAGAGAUAGGGGAAGCGUACAUAAAUUUGUUCCAUAUUUAGUGCGAGGAAUUCAGCAUGGUUUUCAAGAUAUCGGUGUCAGAGAUUUAGAAGAAUUACGGGUGGGUGUUGUCCGCGGUGAAAUCAGAUUCGAGCUUCGAUCUAACAAUGCGCAAGUGGAAGGAGGCGUGCAUUCAUUACAUUCGGCUGAGGUAUGCCGUUAUCUACUUUGGACAUCAUAUGAUGGCGCACGAUUUAUAUCUAUUGCUGAUGGGAAUGCCAGAUUCGGCGUGCUUGGGUUUCUUAAAGCACUUGUGAAAGAAAGUUUUCCGGAUGUGGGAGAACAGUUAAAAAUGUCACAAUCAAGCAGAACUGAUGCCGGUGUGCAUGCUUUACGAAAUGCUUUCAUUGUACAAAUUCCUAUUAUGAAUGCCGACAGAGCAAAAAGUAAGUUGCUGCAUGACUGGAAUCAGAGAGCUGAUGAAUGCACAGGCAAAUCCAUACGGGUUCUUGACUUCCAUAAUGUUUCGAAGGGUUUCUGUUCGAGAAGAAAUGUAUCUUACAGAAAAUACAAAUAUCGAUUAGCCGUGGCAGAUAAUGAAAACGAAUGGCUAAAAUAUAUUGAGCAUCCCUCCACAUGGCAAUUUGCUGAGAAGCCGUACAUGUGGUUUUUACCGAAUGGCUUUGAUAUUCAGAAAGCUGUAGAUGCUUGUUUAUUAUUCAAAAUUUCAUUUUAUGGUACGCACAAUAUGGCUUCAUUCAUGAAAUAUCCACUACGUGAUCGCUUAAGGACUGUUGAGCGGAUCCCAACGUUGAGACAUAUUUUACACAUAGGCAUAUCUGGUGGAUGUAGCCGAAUCUUAAACGCGAGUGGUUUCAGUUUAAUCGAUAUUAGUGUAAUCUCUAGAUCAUUUCUCAGGUCACAGAUAAGGCGUAUGGUAAGGACAAUUGUUGACCAUGCAUACGGACAUAUUUCACGAGAACGUUUGUUGUGGCUGCUGGAUAAUCCGAAUCCAGAUAACUUUCAUCAUUUGGGUAUGGUUAGUGCGCCUGCUCAAGGGCUAUUCUUAGAGGAUGUUGUAUAUGAUGAAAGGAUGUUUUGUAAUCCUGUACCGUAUCAUUAUCACAGUUGGGACGAGGAGAUAGAUGGGAUGCUAUGUGAUGACGAGUCAUUUUGA